CAAGAACCCCUAAACACUUACUGGAAGAGGGAAAAACAGGCAGGCAGCCAAGCAAGCAUACGAAUGUUUGUGUAAACAUAUAGAAAAUAUAUCACACAUACUGAGUGAUGCUGCGUCUUCCUUUCCACAAUCAACGCUUCCAUCUCCUCCUUCGCAAUCUCUCCUCCUUUGCCUCUAAAACUACCAUUUUCAUGACCUCCAAACACUUCCUCCCUUCCCCUCUGCCGCCUCAAACCCUUUCUCCUAAACACUUCUCCACCCCCUCGAAACGCCUCCUUCCCUCUUUUCCUUCCAAACCCAUCCCCAAAAACCAUUCUCUCUCGCUCAGGACUAAUGGGUUUUAUUCUCUUCCUUCUCCCAGUGUUUCUUCUCCCUCUCCAGACGUGGAAGACCAGCCCUCGGAUACGCGUAGCUUGCAGAUUUUGAAUCAUAAACUAAAGCAGCUUGGCAUCGAUAUUACUGAGUGUGUUGCUGGGCGUGAAAACCGCUUAAUGUGUCCCUCGUGCAAUGGUGGUAAAUCAGGGGAACUUAGCUUAUCUCUUUUCAUCAACCUACAUGGCUUCAUGGCUGUGUUUUCGAGCGAAAUGUGGGUGGAAAGGCUACAAAAAACCGCUGCAGAUGGCAAGCCAUCAAUUGAAAAUCUCGGUCGAGUUAACAAAGUUAAGUUCAAAAGGCAAAUCACAGUGGAGAGUUUGCAAUUAGAACCACUAUGUAAUCAGCUCACUGCUUAUUUCGCAGAGCGAAUGAUAUCUUCAGAAACACUAAAGAGAAAUGCUAUAAUGCAAAAAAGGAGUGGUAAUAAGAUUCUGCGCAGGAAGUACUUUUGUUGCAUACCCUAUGGUUGUCCCAAAGUCCACCCUUCUUCGAUUGCUAUUGCAUUCACUUAUUGGCGUAAAGGAGAACUUGUAAAUUGCAAGUAUCGGGAUCUAGCUAAGCGGUUUUGGCAGGAAAAGAAUACUGAAAAGAUACUUUAUGGGCUGGAUGAUAUAGCAGAUGCAAGUGAUAUCAUCAUUGUUGAAGGUGAAAUGGACAAGCUUGCAAUGGAGGAAGCUGGCUUCCGUAAUUGUGUCAGUGUCCCUGCUGGUGCACCACCAUCAGUUUCUAAAAAGGAGGUUCCAGCUGAAGAGCAGGACACAAAGUAUCAAUACCUGUGGAACUGCAAAGAGUACUUUAAAAAGGCAUCUCGCAUUAUACUUGCCACUGAUGGAGAUCUACCUGGUCAAGCCCUAGCUGAAGAGCUUGCACGUCGCCUUGGAAGAGAAAGAUGCUGGAGAGUUAAAUGGCCGAAGAAAAAUGACGUGGGUCAUUUUAAGGAUGCAAAUGAGGUUCUUAUGUAUUUGGGACCCAGCGUUCUUAAGGACAUAAUUGAUAAUGCCGAAUUAUAUCCCAUUCGUGGGUUAUUCAACUUUAGUAGUUUCUUUGAUGAAAUUGACCAAUAUUAUCAUCAAAAUGUUGUGUAUGAAUUUGGUGGAGAUACGACCUACCAGAGCUCGGGAGAGAAGCGUUAGUAUCGUGUACAAUAACAACUAUGGAAAAUGUGUGCACUUAUUUUAUAACUCUAAAAUAUGGAGUUAUUUCUAGCACUUUUUACCAUGUAAACUACGUAAAUUCUGGGUUGUUGAUGGCACGUUUUGGUAGUUUUUAUCUGUAAUAUAAAUUUAAUAUUAUGAAAAUGUGUUAUUUUAAAUGGACUCAUUGCGAAAA